AUGAGUCACAAGAGCCACUGCAAUGGUAUCCCGUUUGCGGAUUUUUGCAUGCUUUUAGACAAGUUAGAGAAGAUCCAUGACCGGACAGAUACAAUUGCACUACCAAAGGACCGGGAGUCACGCACCUACAAGGCGCUCAAGAAGUGGUUUCAGACGCACAAAAACAGAAUCAAUACGUAUCACACCGCAGAUACGUCUGUUUUGAUGCUGCUGAAGCCUGAGUACCAGGUGGAUCGAGAUUAUGGCUUUGCCGAGGACUUUGAGCAACACCUCACCACUAUUUUCAAACUGUCUUCGCAGCAAUGCCAGUACCUAAAGCGGUGGCGAGAGGAACCUGACUACGGGGAUCUUGGCUCUCGUCUGUGUCAGGUCUUGAAGGCUAAGGAUCAUGACCCUCUAAGGUCUUGUGAAAUACAACCAAGUGUGCGAGGUACUGAUCAGAAACUUCUGCGACUGGCGAUUUUCAAUGAUGGCUCGGCAGAAACUGUGAAGUCUUUGGCAUGCCAGGUCGAGGGGAUCCCGAGCAAAAUAUCACUCUUAGAAGAUCUUUACCUGGACUUACUGCCAACGGAGGCGAAGUGGGUGACGCGAAUGAUACAAAAGUCCUACGGGGUAACUAAGAUUCCCGAUGAGUUUGAGUUCUUGGGAGAGAAAUCAUCGUUACCGGAUUGUUUACGAGUCAGGAUAAUAGCGAGCAGCGAGGAAAGAAUCUUGACAAGAAAGCAUGAUGUACGAGCCAGGAUACAGCUUCCAAUUUCUCCACAAGAUCCUCUACUGUGGGACUCGAAGACGCAUGUAGGUGCCAACUCAAAGAAGCCUACGGCCUUACUUGAUGGCCAAAGAGCCCCUGGCCGAAGUACUCGGGCAAGUGCGGAAGUCGAGAACAGCCGCAAAAGGAAGAGAUUUUCACAUGAAUUGGAUCUGAAAAAGUCAGCGGCAUGUCUUCUUCCGACUCCACCAACUUCUUCGCCAUCUACACCACACGAAAGAUCUCCAACAAUUGGCACGAGGCAUGGUCCUCGCUUCCGUAUCGGCUUGGAUUCAGCCUCUUCGAAACUUGCUCCGCCAGUCAGAAUCGAUACCCCACUAACACCUGCUAAGUCUUCUCCUCUGCCCUACUCAUCAUCGAGUCACUCUGCUGCCAUUUCUGGAAGUAGCAAGCCAACUGCUGCUGCAAAGACGAACGCCCCACCUACACCGGUGAGGUCGUCUCCCCUACCUGCCUCAUCGCCGACCAGAUCCGGAGGAGAGAAUCGCCGCUCGCCCGUUGCGAAAUUGGGAUAUUCAAGCACCGAGAGCUCUCAAGGUAUCAACCAUCAAGCAUUACCAUCAAGGUCAGCUCUCAGCCAGAUCUCAUCAAAUCGCUCACCCGGCGGAAGCCAAAAAUCCCAGUCUAAAUCUACCACCAAGGCAAUUGAAGCCGGCUCCCCUCCGAAAGUCAUCACCCUCCAUCCAGCACGCUCCCCCGUAACUUUUAGCACUGGCAAAUGCACUCUCGUCUCGCGGAUCCCCAAAAAUCGUUGCCGCUUCGCCAACACGCUCAUCAUCCUUUCACCCUGCAUCUCAACAUUCCCAUACAUCCUCGAGGACCUCAUCCUCCCGCACGGAGCGCACUACAUCACUUCGCUCUCGCAGCUCUCACACCCCUCCGUCCCGCGACGCUCCAAGUCCGGACGGCGGCUCAAGAAAUACAUACUCGUAGAGAUAAAUCGGCCGGCGCAAACUGUAGACUUUUGCAAAAGAGCUGAAAGGAAACUGAGAGCUUUGGGAUGGAAAUGCGACAAGGGUCUUGACGAGAGGAUUCCGAUCUUCGAUUGGAGAGUCUUGGAGGACUUCGCGAGGCUGGAUAAGGGAGAACAGUUGGGGCAUGAUCCUGUGGGGAAGCAUUUUCAGGGGGCGGUCUAG